AGAGGAAGACGGAGGGGAAGUGGUGAGGAUGCCUUACAGUGGCAGCAGCAGUCGGCUCUUCGUCUCUCAGCAGCUCAGCUCACGUCAACCUGCUGCUGGAGUUUCCUCACGCCAGAACUCAGCAUCCUGACGCUCCAGGAGCUGCCAGCUGGGGAAAUGAAGUUUCCAUGAAGCCCAUCAGUCGUAAAGCUGUGGAUCGUUGGUUCAUUCAUUAGUGAACGCAAACAAAACAGGAAGUCAGUGGAAGUUGGAGGAAGAACAGCCGAGCUUCCCUUUGAUUAAGUUCUCUAAACCCAAAAGAUGUCAACAGAGACAGUCGACAAGGAAGGAAGAGGAACCAAAACCUCUAAAACGUCAAAGGAUCACAAAAAGCCCACACCAGAGGCCCUGAAAGGAGCUAUCCAGCUGGGAAUCGGCUAUGUUGUUGGAAACCUGAGCUCCAAACCCGACAGAGAUGUUCUGAUGCAGGACUUCUCCAUGGUAGAAACCGUCUUCUUACCCAGUGAGGGCAGCAACCUGACUCCGGCGCAUCGCUUCCCAGAUUUCCGGCUGAAAACGUACGCGCCGCUGGCCUUCCGCUACUUCAGGGAGCUGUUUGGGAUCAAACCUGAUGACUAUCUGUACUCCAUCUGUAAGGAGCCGCUGAUAGAGCUGUCCAACCCCGGCGCCAGCAGUUCCUGGUUCUACCUCACCAGCGACGACGAGUUCAUCAUCAAGACGGUGCAGCACAAAGAGGCGGAGUUUCUGCAGAAGCUGCUUCCUGGUUACUACAUGAACCUGAACCAGAACCCGCGGACGCUGCUGCCCAAGUUUUACGGCCUGUACUGCAUCCAGUGCGGCGGCGUGACGGUGCGCGUGGUGGUGAUGAACAACGUUCUGCCUCGAGCCAUGAAGAUGCACUUCAAGUACGACCUGAAAGGCUCCUCCUACAAACGCCGCGCGUCUCGCAAGGAGCGCGUGAAGAACUCGCCAACGUUCAAAGACCUGGACUUCCAGGAGACGCACCAGGACGGGCUUUUCUUCGACCCGGACACCUACAGCGCCCUGAUGAAGACUCUGCAGAGGGACUGCAGGGUUCUGGAGAGCUUCAAGAUCAUGGACUACAGUUUGCUGCUGGGGAUCCACGUGCUGGACAGGAAGCCGCUGAGCAGAGGGAACCGCUGCGACAGCAGGAGAGGACAGAAGGUCCUGUACUCCACCGCCCUGGAGUCCAUCCAGGGGAACGUGAAGGACCCAGAACCGGUGGCAGACGACGACACGUUGGGUGGGAUUCCUGCAAAACACAAAGAUGAAAACCUGCUCAUCUUCUUAGGAAUCAUUGAUAUUCUUCAGUCAUACAGGUUCAUUAAGAAAGUUGAGCACUCCUGGAAGGCUCUCGUUUACGACGGGGACACCGUAUCGGUCCACAGGCCCGGUUUCUACGCAGACCGGUUUUUAAAAUUCAUGGGAUCGACUGUUUUCAGAAAGCUUCAUCCGUUAAGAGGAGCGUCUUCGAAGAGGAAGAGGAGUUCCCUCUAUGCAGGGAAGUCGGCGUCUCAGGAGUUUCUGUCCAUGCAGAAAGAGAAGGAGAAAGAGGAGAAGAAGGCGCAGAGCAUGGACAACCUGGAUGGAAACUUUUAUAGUUCCUCCAAACAACCAGAUCUUCUCCCCAAAUCUGCUCUGACUGAAUCCAUCCGAAACAACGAAGAGGAAGCUGAAAACAGUGAAGAUCGCCGGGACUCCAGCUCCACUUUAGCUCUGGACGAUCCGCUGCCGUCGUUCAGCAGGAGCCAAUCAGACUCUGAGUUGGAUGUUUACUUGCCUCAGACAGACUCGCCCAGGCGAUCCAGCUGGAGCUGAUCACUCGUUUGUGUUGCAACACCCAUAAAAAUUGAGGAAGGACCUGUGAGCAAACUUUUAAAAGACUACAAGCAGCAACAUGCUGGUUCCCGCCUGUCUGCGUCACUCUGAGCCUCCAUCAUCAUUAUUUUCCGUGUUGUCAUCAAUGUGCCAAAUCACUAUAGAUCCAUUAUUAUUCUAUUAAUAGAAGGGGUUUGUGUGGUAUGUUCUGACAAAAAAAACACUAAGCUGCCACUGCUUCUUCCUCUUUCACUUUGUUGUUCACUGUGCUGGCAGUAAAUAUUUAAUUUUCUCUUUGUUCUCUCUUGCUUCUUAUUCUUUGUUUUACUAUAAAUAUGCAGCUUUCUGGAUCUCUGAGGACAGAAAUGACUUUCCCAGAAAUGAUGUUCAGAGUUGAUUCUGUUACCUGUAGUAUCACAGUGCAGGUUGGACCGCUGUGUUCUUGCAUAAUGUAUUUCAAUGAAGGGUUUUGCUCUGCCACACUUACAGGAUCAUGCAAAACUUCUGAUAGCACUACAUAAUACAAAUUAAACUUUCCCUGAACUUACUACUUCCUGUGCUGGAGCUUGCCAGGUACCUAACGGAUAAUUUCCUGUAAUUGAUUGAUUGGUUACUGGUUUAAAAUAUUUCUGGAAUCUAUUAUGUAGGAUCCUGGAAUGGUCUUGGAACCUUCUUGGUACUUUCCAGGAACCUUCCAUGGACCUUUCUAGGCACAUCCCUGGAAACUACAGGUACUUUUCUUGUAACUUACCAGUUAUUGACUUGGGAAUUGACCAGGUACCAACCUGGAGUGUUCUCAGAACAUACCAGAUACCGUUCUGGAAAAUACCAGAUACCUGCCUGAAAUUUACCAGCGAUUAGCCUGAGACUUUUCUGAAACUUGUGAUGGAGUGUCCUGGAACGUUCAUAGAACCUUUCUCGCAACUUAACGGAAACAUUUCUGGAGACUAUCAGGUUCUUUCCUGUAACUUACCAGUUACUGGGCUGAGACUUUGCUGGAACGUACCAGGUACCAACCUGGAACAUCAUCAGAACCUACCAGAUACUUUCCUGAAAGCCAUUGGGACUUUCCUGUAACUUACCAGUUACUGGCCUAAGACGCAACAUUUCAUUUCCUGAACCUUACAAGAUACCAUCCCUGAACUUAGCAGGUCUCAGAGUCUGAUGGAAAGGUUCAAGUCCAGCCUACUGGGUUUUCUAAAGACCUGCAGUCUACUGUUUUUAGAACAAUUUGUGAUUCCUUCUAAGACUUUAUGGACAUGCAGUUAUCGCCCAGCAGGACUUGGUACCUGCCAAGACCGCCAGAGAUGCCACCAGCUGGUUCAGUGUUAUUACUUUGCUUGAUUGGCCAGAAAACAAACCUGAACAAUAAGAACUAUUUAAGAUUGCUUAGCUGCUUGGAAGUUAAACAUAAAAAUUCAGGGAUGAAUAAAUAAUACCAAACAUUAGUCCUCUUGAUUUAGAGAUGUUAGUCUGUCAGCAUGCUAAACAUUAGCAUAACUUUUGUAGUUGUUGCUGUGUAAGCCUAGUAGCAUCCGAACACAGCUGUACUUUUUUGACAUGAGCUAAUCGGUAAGUCUCCAUAGUAAAACCCUUGUGUCCGAAAAUUGCUUUGAAGGCAACAGGCGAACAUUAGCAUGUUAGCAUGACAUGCUAAUUUGUUAGCUACAAAUGCUAUAGAUAUUAAUUUAAUGCAGUAGUAGAAAUUUGUUUUUCAUUUCCUGCAACAUGUUGUACAAACUGUCCUCAAGACGGAGCAUCUUAGCCUUUAACGUUUUUAAAUAUUAAAUUGUUAAACUGUGUUGUCAUAGUAACUCUUUACAGGCACAGUCUCAUUUAACCUACAGGAAAUAAUAUACAACAUUGUCAAAAUCUUUUCGAUUAUCCAAUAAAAGCUGUGGUGGUUUGAAUUACCUUGAGUUCUGAUUUUAUGUAAAAAGUGUUUUGUUUUUAUGUCUUGGUCUUUAGUCCACAUAUUGUGUUUAAACCAAAUGUGUUUUUCUGUGGUUUUUAAGACUACAAUUGUAAAUUUCUGGAAAAUAAAUUAUUUAAAGUC